UCCAGCCCGCCCGCCGGGCUCUCCAGUCGCACAGGCGAGAGCCCGCGGUGUCCCCUGCGCGGUCCGCCUGCUGGGGCCCCGCUCCUACCUGUGGAGCCCGGCGGGCGCCCCCUCCUCGCGCCUAUCCCUGCCCGUCCUUCGGGAACCUCCCGUCCAGCUACCCGCGUCUCGGACAGGUGUGUCGCCAAGACCCCAGGGAAGGGCGCCAGGCUCGAAGCUGGUGACAUGUAGGCGUCCCCGGUCCGGCCUCGGAACCUGGGCGCCCUUCUACCCGGAAAGUUUGGGGCUGCGCGCCAUGGCCAAGAGCAGCUCCCUGAGCGUCCGCGUGGUGGAGGGCCGGGCACUGCCCGCCAAGGACGUGUCCGGGAGCAGUGACCCCUACUGCCUGGUGAAGGUGGACGACGAGGUGGUGGCCAGGACCGCGACCGUCUGGCGCAGCCUGAGCCCCUUCUGGGGGGAGGAGUACACCGUGCACCUGCCUCUGGAUUUCCACCACGUGGCCUUCUACGUGCUGGACGAGGACACCGUGGGGCACGACGACGUCAUCGGCAAGAUCUCGCUCAGCAGGGAGGCCAUCGCAGCCGACCCCCGAGGGAUCGACAGCUGGGUCAACCUGAGCCGCGUGGACCGGGACGCGGAGGUGCAGGGCGAGGUCCGCCUGUCGGUGCAGGUGCUGGAGGACGCCCGGGGUCGCUGCCUCCGCUGCCACGUGCUCCAGGCGAGGGACCUGGCCCCCCGAGACAUCUCCGGCACGUCUGACCCGUUUGCACGCGUGUUUUGGGGCAGCCAGAGCCUGGAGACCUCGACCAUCAAGAAGACGCGGUUCCCACACUGGGACGAGGUGCUGGAGCUGCGGGAGGUGCCCGGUGCCCCGUCCCCACUGCGGGUGGAGCUCUGGGACUGGGACAUGGUGGGCAAGAACGACUUCCUGGGCAUGACGGGAAAACUGACACUCGGAGAGGUCAAGCGGCUUUCUCAGGUCCUACGACUAAGAAAGAGCAGAGCCGGGAUGUGCGUCCAGGUGGAGUUCUCCCCGAGGACGCUGCGCCACCGGCCGCCCGACGGCUGGUUCCGCCUGCUGCCCUUUCCCGGCGCCGAGGAGGAUUCUGGGGGGAACCUGGGUGCCCUGCGGCUGAAGGUGCGCCUGAUCGAAGACCGCGUCCUGCCCUCCCAGUACUACCAGCCCCUCCUGGAGCUGCUCAUGGGUGCUGUGCUGGGGCCGGCGGAGGAGGACACUGCUAGCCCCCUGGCUGUGCUGGAGGAGCUGACCUCGGGGGACUGCCGCCAGGACCUCGCCACCAAGCUGGUGAAGCUCUUCCUUGGCCGGGGCCUCACCGGGCCCUUCCUGGACUAUCUCACCCGGCGCGAGGUGGCUCGGACCACCGACCACAACACCCUCUUCCGGUCUAACUCCCUGGCUUCCAAGUCGAUGGAGCAGUUUAUGAAGCUCGUGGGCAUGCCCUACCUGCACGAGGUCCUGAAGCCGGUGAUCAGCCGCGUCUUCGAGGAGAAGAAGUACAUGGAGCUGGACCCGUGCAAGAUGGACCUGGGCCGCGCCAGGAGGAUCUCCUUCAAGGGCGCGCCCUCAGAGGAGCAGCUGCGGGAGACCAGCCUGGGGCUGCUGACGGGCUACCUGGGGGCCAUCGUGGACGCCAUCGUGGGCUCCGUGGGGCGCUGCCCGCUGGCCAUGCGCCUCGCCUUCAGGCAGCUGCGCCGGCGCGUGCAGGAGCGCUUCCCCCAGGCCGAGCGCCAGGACGUGAAGUACCUGGCAAUAAGCGGCUUUCUCUUCUUGCGAUUCUUCGCACCUGCCAUCCUCACCCCGAAGCUGUUUGACCUCCGGGACCACCAUGCGGACCCUCAGACCAGCCGCUCCCUGCUGCUGCUUGCCAAGGCUGUGCAGAGCAUCGGAAACCUGGGCCAGCAGCUGGGCCAGGGCAAGGAGCUGUGGAUGGCCCCCCUGCACCCCUUCCUGCUGCAGAGCAUCUCCCGCGUGCGGGACUUCCUGGACCGGCUGGUGGACGUGGAUGGGGAUGAGGAGGCGGGCGCCCCAGCCAGGGCCCUGGUGCCGCCCUCGGCGACGCUCCGCGAAGGCUACCUGCUCAAGCGCAAGGAGGAGCCUGCCAGCCUGGCCCCGCGCUUCGCCUUCAAGAAGCGCUACUUCUGGCUCAGCGGGGAGACGCUCUCCUAUGCCAAGGGUCCCGAGUGGCAGGCGCGCACCUGCUUCCCGGUGUCGCACAUCCGCGCCGUGGAGCGCGUGGACGAGGGCGCCUUCCAGCUGCCCCACGUGAUGCAGGUGGUGACGCAGGACGGCGCGGGGCCGCCGCACACCACCUACCUCCAGUGCAAGAAUGUGAACGAGCUCAGCCAAUGGCUGUCGGCCCUGCGCAAGGCCAGCGCCCCCAACCCCGACAGACUGGCCUCCUGCCACCCCGGUGCCUUCCGCAGCGCCCGCUGGACCUGCUGUCUCCAGGCCGAGCGCUCGGCUGCCGGCUGCAGCCGAACACACUCGGCCGUCACCCUGGGGGACUGGAGUGACCCGCUAGACCCGGACGCCGAGGCCCAGAUGGUGUACAGGCAGCUGCUUCUGGGGCGCGACCAGCUCAGGAUGCAAGCCCUGGGGGAUGCCAGCGCGGCCAUGACUCUGGAGGCUGACACGGGGAGGGGCUCCAGUGCCCCGGAAGGAGCCUGUCCUGACGUCCUGGCCCGGCAGAGGGCAGCGGCUGCCCGCCUGCUGGAGGUGCUGGCAGACCUGGACCAGGCCCACGAAGACUUCCAGCUGCAGGAGCAAGGGAGGGCGGCCCCAGGCCACCGUAGGCCCUGAGCCAGUGCGGAGCCGCCUGGAAGGAGGAGCAAGGAGCCGUGGGGCCCUCCUCAGCCUGCCCUGGCCCCGUAGUCUCCUCGUGGCUGUCCUGUACCUCUUUGAUGCCUUGAAGGCUCCUGAGACAUGCAUAGUCGUGCGCGCCCCGCGUCCAGAAUUCAGGGCACUGAAUUCCCUCGGGCAGGGGCCAGCCUUGCCUUGAGAUUCACGCUCUGAGUCAGACUGGAGUGGACAGGAUAAGGAACCUGACUUAUGUGCUGAGCCUGGGGACUCUGCCUCCCUGGACUAGCUUCUACAUACACCAGUGAGGCUAGCCUGGCCCUGAGCUGCUGGACACAGCUGUACCUGAACUCCUAAUGCCCAUGUGGCCUCGUUGCCCCAGACAGGCACAAAAUGGGCUCAGCCUUUCCUGUUCUCAUGUCUGCUAAUCCCUGUAACCUCACUGAUCCUUCUGUACCCUGUCCUUCACG